CCGAUAUCACGGGAAUUUGUGUGAAUAGCUGUUGUAUCAACUCACAACGAGUUUCACAAAGUCACGACCCCAGUGUCGUCUUCAACACGCGCGCAAUGCGUGUGCAUCGCUCAUGUCCAACAGACAAGAUUCGACCUUCUAUGACAACUCACUACCUGUGUAAGAAGACCAAUCGUCAGACACCACGUUGCCUUUUGGUGACGAUGAGCUUGCGGAAGAUGGUUGGGGAUGCAGGUGCUCGAACAAUAUCUACAAACGCGGUGUUUAUCCCUUUUCUAGGAUGUUAUGCAGAAAUAGUGACCAAUACCAAUGUUAUGUCGCGUCAAGAAGGAGAAAAAAACGUUGCUUUUUUCUUGAUAUCACAGCAGACUGCAUCUCAGCUACAUCUAUUUGUUCAUCCUAGAUUUCUGGAUACCCACUCUACGCGCUGCGUCAGCGGUUCAGCUGGCAUCGGACGCGCUAGAAGCAUUUCUAGUGGACAAAGACCGAUGUAGACACAAGAUUGGAUCUCAUGCCCAUGCGCAAACUUACUAUUCCAACAAGUCGUGGUACUCGUGACCAACAUUGAGCG